AUGUCGCCGCCUGCAAAGUAUGCGAUCAUCAUCGAUUCAGGCUCUUCGGGGUCCCGUGCUAUUGUUUAUGAGUAUAUCUCUGACCCUAAAAAUGACCCAUCUGGCUUACCGAAGAUAAAACAGAUAUUGAGGAAGAAGACUAAACCAGGACUAUCUGCUUUUGGCAAAAAAAAGGAAGGGACCUAUGACAUAUGGGAUGACCAUUUUGAAGAGUUAGUGGACAAAGCUAAAAAGGUGAUACCUUCAAACAUGCACGGUUCUACUCCUAUCUAUGUUCAAGCCACAGCUGGUAUGAGACUGCUUCCUACUAAGGAUCGUGACCGUGUUUUGAAGGAAACAUGUGAAGUGUUAGCUCAUAAAAGUGAUUUCAUAGUCGAGCCAUGCAAUGAACAUGUAGAGGUCAUCGACGGAGAUACAGAAGGGCUGUAUGGUUGGCUGGCAUUAAACUAUCUUACCGAUAGACUAGUUUCUUCGAGUGAAGCUGAUCCCGAAAUAAAACAGCGUCAUCCAUAUGGAUUCAUGGAUAUGGGAGGAGCAUCAACACAAUUGGCAUUUGUUCCAAGUAGAAAAGAUCAAUUGGAUAAACAUUCAGAUGACAUGUAUUCUGUGAGCUUGAAGAGUAAUAAUGGUGAAUUGAACUCAUGGUCUGUUUUUGUCUCUAGCUGGUUAGGAUUUGGGGCAAACGAAGCAAGAAGAAGACAAUUAGAUGCGCUCGUUAACGCGCUGCCUGAGAAUGUUGAUUAUGAUAGAGAUGGAGACGGAAAAGGAGAUUUGGUUGAUCCCUGUUCACCAGUCGGAAUGAAGACAGAGGUUGAAUACAACGGCAAGAUGUUCACCGUGACAGGUUCAGGUGAAUACGAAGGAUGUCUCAAAACAAUAUACCCUCUAUUAUUGAAACACUUACCAUGUUCUGACGAACCAUGUUUGUUCAAUGGUGUUCAUGCUCCGUCGAUGGAUUUUUCGAUGGAAAAAUUUGUUGGGGUUAGUGAAUACUGGUAUACAGCCAAUGAUGUUUUCAAGCUUACCGGAGAAUAUAAUUACGAGGAUUUUGAAGCUGCCACAAAGGAAUUUUGCAGUACUGACUGGGACACAAUUUUUAAUAAAUUUGAGAAUAAGGAAUAUGGGAAUGCUUUAACCUUGGAUUUGCUACAAACUUCUUGCUUUAAGGCUAGUUGGAUAGUGAAUGUUUUACAUGAGGGAUUUGGAAUACCGAGAUUAGGGGUGGAUAAGGUCUCUCAAGUAAGUGAGAAGGACGAGCCUGUGUUCAAGAGUGUGAACGACAUAGAUGGGAAUGAGCUGUCAUGGACGUUGGGUAAGAUGGUCCUUUAUGCCUCAUCACAGAAUAGUGGUGAAGGUAGCGUUGGAAUAUGGCCG